CGCCGACACACGACGACGAUGCGACGAGCGUAGUUAGCGUGACUGUUGCUUUCGAUUUGUUGCUUACUCGAACGUGAUCGGCAAUUUAACAAAAUGAGCGUAUUAAGCCGACUGUCGCGAUUCGCUCGUCUGCGCGCUCUCUAUUGUGAAAAUGUGUCUAGUUUUUGCACGAAAACUAACGAACCGCCAAUACCUGAAAAUCCGCUAAGGGAGGUCUUCGGUGCCUCUUCUCAGCCCAAGAACGGGGUAAUAUACGACAGGAAGCCGUUUAGAAUACAUCUCAAAGCCGGCAAGAAGUACGCGUGGUGUCUUUGUGGUCAAAGCAAAAGUCAACCAUUGUGCGAUGGUACGCACAAGGAGGUUCAUUUUAAAAUUACCUUGAAACCUGUACAUUUUAUUGUUCCCGAGACGAAAGAGUAUUGGCUGUGCAACUGCAAGCAAACAUCAAACAGACCUUUCUGCGACGGCACUCAUAAAAGAGAAGACAUACAGGAAGCAAAAAAAUAUAAUUAGAUAUGAAAUCUUCGAGAUUGUAUUAUCUUGAGAACAAACUGAGAGAGAGAGAGACUAAUGCGAUGGUAAACAAAAUGUCUCUUAUAAGACGUACGCGGCAAUGUACAUAUGAUACGUACAUAUAUUAUGCGAAUCUUGUUAUUGUUACGCACAAACAGUGCGGUGUGUAUCACGUUCAAUAUUUUAAUAAAACAUUUUU